CAUUACCGUUGCAGGGGUUAGAGCCCAAGUUGCGGCAGGACUCGCCCGGAGCGCGCACACUCAUGCCCGCAGCCGCAGCGCGGACACGCGCAGCCAUGGACGGACCGGACCGGGACCCUGCGGGGCUGGAGAUUAAAGCAGCAUUAUGACUGAUCUAAAGGCCUCCGGGGUGGGGGAGCCGCCUCCGCCCUACAUGAUCUUCCUGGUCGUCUUCCUCUUCUUCAUGACUGGACUGCUGGGCUUCCUAAUCUGCCACCUGCUCAAGAAGAAGGGCUACCGCUGCCGGACCGGAGACAUGGAGGAAGAAGAGGAGGAGGGGAAGCUUGGAGAGGAUGAGGAUGGUGAGCACGAAGAAAACCAGGACACAGUGGAGCAAAUCCUGAAAUGUAUCCUGGAAAAUGAAGCCAAUAUGGAGGCUUUCAAUGAGAUGUUUGUGAACCAGAACGUGUGCGUGCGCCACGACCCCAGGUUACGCAAAGAGUCCAUUGGCGGUAUUCCUCCCCAUCUUCAUACAGUCCACUCAGGCACCGACCACAACACCUGCCACCUUUGUGCGCAGGGUCGCGCUAAAAAGGGCCGCAGACAAAGCAGAACGCCUCGCACCAAACGACCCUGGGAGCAAACUGUGUUCUCUGUUGGAAGAUUUCGAGUGAUACACACUGAUAAGAGGCUCCAUGGUGGUGCUACUCCAUUGGCUACAUCAGGGGACCAGCUGGACCGAUCCCAGGACAGCGAGGACAGAAAGGAGGGCGGGUAUAAUCUGAGAAGUAUGUUCAAAGAGGUUCGCCGGCCUUCAGAAGGUGCCAACGGAUUAUCUGGAAUUGCGGGAAGACGAAAAAAGAGUGUUACCAUAUUUGGACUGAGGCGGGGAAGUGACCCUGCAGGUGUAAGAGUAAAAGAGGCGACGGGGAGGGAGUUCGGAGAGGUAAAAUUUAGUUUCCAGCAGCCUGUAGUUUUGGAGGAACCUCGACGGACAGCGAAAAUCAAAGCUGAUCCUGAGCAUUCUAUAAAACCUGGUACGAAGUCCGAACCUGAGCUUGUUUCAGCUCAAUGUGAUGCUAAAGGCUCAGGUAACGUUACAUCUCCUUCUAUUCAAAGUAAGACAAAGGCCUCCAGUCCUAGCUCCAGUCCCAAGGAAUGUUCUGAGCUCGGAGCAAGCCCUCAACCGACAAACACCAUGACCAAAACUCCUACUGGGACCACAGUAGCUUCUGCCCCAAGUUACCUUACUAUUUCAUCUGAGAGGAGAGUAAAUGUUGACAAUAAGAUGUUAAAGAUGGAAGAAGCAUACGAUCCUGGACCUCUACAGACCUCUACACCCAUUGCCCCCAUUCCAACGUCCAUUCCAGGCUUCAUACCUGUGAUGCCUACUGAACUCCAUUCUACCAAAAGUUUUUCAGUUGACCAAACUCCCCCUGACCCAAGCUCCAGCCCAGACCUGGAGCCAGGCUUUGGAACUGGCCUCCAUUUGAUAAGCUUAGGUUCAUCUCCCCUUGCUUCCUUGGCCGAGUCACCAAGCCUCCAAAGUACGUCAGACAACGUGCCAUCAGAGGGAAUACAAGCUGCCUUCUCCCCUGGCCCCGCACCAAGCCCAAAACUCUUGCUGCCUCAAGAAAUGUCCAGCCAAGAAUGUAGGUCAUCUUCAUCCUUGGGGCCAAGUGGCAGCCCAGCACAGUCCCUCUCCCUCUCACCUUCUCGUGAUGACCAAAACCUUCGUCCUACCCUGAAGUCAUUAAGUGUAAGAUCUGAAACACCUGUAAUCAAAGGAAAUGUUUCCAGCUCAUCGGCUAUAAAGGUGCAGGAAGCAGAAGGAAGCACAAUCCCAAAAACUGAGGAAAAGAUAGAAAUAAAGAGACCUGGGAUUCUGAAAACAUCUAAACUUUCCCCAGUUGCAACAGGAGAUCCUAAAGGUUCUGGCUUUUCCUCUCCAUCCGAUCAGCCGGUGAAGGAUAAACUGAGCAGUUUGCCUUCGCCGCAUUUCGGCCCGGCGUCCCCGUCCUCACCUGAAAGCACUAGAAUAAGUAGUGUGACUAUUGUUAAAGCCAGCCCUGACAGCAAGAGAGAGUUUUCUGUUGUCACUAUGGUGGAGGACGAAGGAACUCCUACGUCUAUAACAGAUCAGAAAGGAAGGACUUCUGAACAUGAGAGAAGGACAGUUGGUCCAGCAGCCAGUCAACAAGGAAAGUUUUCUGUUUCAAGUGUUGAAGAACCUGAGAGUGAGAGCAAAGAAAGGUCAGGGAUGGAGGUUAGGCCAACGCUGACGAAAGACAAUGAUGACCUGAUGGAGAUGGAAGAUAUUAGAGACUGCAAGGUUACUCAGGUGGAAGGAGCUGAAAGGAAGGAGAACUAUAUGAUGCAGAUGCAAUCAAAACAGGAUUGAGAGAUGAAGCU